CACACGCUCGCGCACGCACGAGUGGCGGGAGCGGAAGCCAUGCCUCCCCUCCUCCUCCCGGCCUCGCCGUCGCUAUCGCUACACUUCGCCGGUGCCGGUGCCGCUACCGCUGCGUCGUCCUCCCGCCGCGCCAUGGUCGCUGUGGCGUCCGCGGCGUCCAGGAGCUCGUCGUCGUCCUCGUUCGACGCGUCCGCCUUCGAGGCCGAGCGGCUCCGCCUCGACGCCGACGCGCGGGCCUCGAUGGUGACCACCGCCGCGGCAGCGCAGGCGGAGGCGGACCCGAGGGCGUGGAAGUGGAAGAUACGAAAGCGGGUGUGGGACGUGCUCGAGGCCGAGGGCGUCGCGCGCAACCCCCGCCCCGUCCACCACCGCAUCCCCAACUUCGAUGGCGCCGCCGCCGCCGCCGAUUCGUUAGGGAGGUUGGACGUGUUUCAGAAUGCACAAUGCGUGAAGGUCAAUCCGGAUUCGCCGCAGAAGCAAGUUCGAUUCUUAACACUCUCAGGCGAUAAGAAACUUCUGACACCGCAACCACGGCUCAGGACGGGGUUCUUCUCCGUUCUAGAAUCUCAGAUGAUACCCACUGGAUGCAUUCCUGAAGCAUGCACUUCUGUUGGCGCAGUCAAAUAUGGAAGGCCGAUAGAUCUAGAUGAAGUGAUUAAAGUGGAUCUGAUUGUGAUUGGGUCGGUUGCAGUUGAUCCAAGCACGGGAGCACGACUAGGGAAGGGUGAGGGAUUUGCAGAGCUGGAAUAUGGGAUGCUUCGUUAUAUGGGAGCUAUAGAUGAUUCGACCAUGGUAGUAACAACUGUACAUGACAAGCAAUUAGUGGAUGACAUUCCAGUUGAAAAGCUGCUAAUUCAUGAUGUACCGGUUGAUAUUAUCUGCACCCCAACUCAGGUCAUCUUAACAAAUACUGCAAUCCCAAAGCCACAAGGGAUUUAUUGGGAAAAACUAUCUCCCGAAAAAUUGGGCCAAAUUCGAAUUUUAAGAGAGCUGAAGAGACGCAUAGAGCAAGAGACAGGAACAAUACUUCCUUGUGGGCCAUCUGAGAAUCUACCCCCAACAGCUCAACGAAGAAAAAGAAGAGGGCGGUAACUAAAUGUGUUCGCGUUGGAACAGUCAGAGCGCACAUGUAUCCCGGCGCUGAUGCGGCAUUACGUGAUUGGCUCUUGCGUCUUUUGUCCUUCAAGAGAGUUGUGACCAAUUUGUCGAAGUCACUUAACUAAAUUGUGGUUUGCGCGGAAAAAAGAAGAAAAAGAUGACAGGUUGUGAACGCUGAAAUUUAAAAUUCAGUGGAAUGAUCCAGCCACCUUAUCCAAAAGUUCCCUAAUUUGAACGUGUGAAUGGAUUGUUUGUCUCCUGUAUUUCUUGGACCGUGCCCUUGAGACACUGUCUCAAUCUCCCGGUCUCAGGUGUGUAUAAUAACGCGAUCUACUCCCUCCGUCUA